AUGAGGCCAUCAAGCAAGCUAUUAAACUCAUUGAGGAGUCUCCAGAGAGCUGCCCCAACGUGGUUAUCUUCACGGAUGCUCUGUCAGUACUCCAAGCACUGGAAAAUUCCAAACAAACAUCCAUCUCCAGGACACUUCAGCCUAUGCAAAACAAGAGUUGUGUCCUUACAAUGGAUACCUGCACACUGUGGUGUACCUGGAAAUGAGAAUGCAGACAUAUUAGCCAAGCUUGGAGCUACAGAUAACCAGCCACAAAAUGCCAUUACUCACGAGGAGAAUGUGACAAUGAUUAAAGCACUUACAAAGCCAAGGCCAACCAAAGAUGACUACCACCUACUAGAAAGAUGGGAACAAGUCAUCAUCUUAAGGCUUCGCACAGGACAUAACAGGUUAAAUGCCCACAUGUGUACAAAGCUUAAAUUGUCUCCCUCUCCGAUGUGCCACUGUGGUCUGGAACAGAAAACUGCUGAGCACAUUCUGCAGAGAUGUCCAUGUCUGGAAAACCAAAGAAAAAGUGUGUGGCCAAACAGUACCCUAAUAAAAACCAAAGUGCACGGCAAGAAGGAGGACCUGAAGAAGACGGCAUCCUUCAUUGCUGGAUCAGGGGUGACAGUGUAG